AUGGGUUCCGUGACAUCUGCUUUAACAAAAACGAGGAACACCGUGGUCCGAGUGGGCUCUGAACCGGAGCCGGAGACGGAGAGAAGUAACACGAAGAAAAGGAGUAUUCGGUCAAACGUUUUCUCCAGCCAAAGGGGCAGACAGGGCAGCGUGAGGCAGUCGCUGUCCGAGGUCCUGAACACGCAGGACAGCGGCGGAGCGGCGCGCACUUUGAAGGCACCGCCACUGCCUGUAGGCAACCAGGGUGCAGUUGCAAACGAAGCUGGAGAGAGAAAUGCCCGGCCCCUUGCCCGGUUUGCACGGUCCAAAUCCCAGAAUGCUUUGUGGAACGCCAUCACAGCUGGGAUUGGGAUCAAGGACAAGGACAAGAGAGGCAUCCUCAUCGAUCCACGCACCCCAGAGGAGAUCCUGGCUGACGAGCUGCCGGCUGUGGACAGCCCCGAUGCCAUGGAGAAGACUGCCAUCAGGCUGCGAUGUCUGGUGAAACAGCUGGAGCGAGGGGAGGCUUCGGUCGUCGACCUCAAGAAGAAUUUGGAGUACGCCGCCUCGGUGCUGGAGUCUGUCUACAUCGAAGAGACAAGGCGGCUGGUGGACACGGAGGACGAGCUGAGCGACAUCCAGUCCGACUCGGUGCCGUCGGAGGUGCGGGACUGGCUGGCCUCCACCUUCACGCGGCAGAUGGGCCUGAUGCUUCGGCGGACGGAGGAGAAGCCGCGUUUCCGCAGCAUCGUGCACGCCGUGCAGGCUGGGAUAUUCGUGGAGAGAAUGUACCGCCGGACGUCCAACAUGGUGGGAUUAAGCUACCCACCUAGCGUCAUUGCAGUGCUGAAGAACGUGGACAUGUGGUCCUUUGAUGUGUUUGCCCUGAACGAUGCCAGCGGAGAUCACGCUCUGAAAUUCAUAUUCUAUGAACUCCUCACCAGAUACGACUUAAUCAACCGCUUCAAGAUCCCCAUCUCUGCUCUGGUGUCCUUCGUCGAGGCACUGGAGGUGGGGUACAGCAAGCACAAGAACCCCUACCACAACCUGAUGCAUGCAGCUGAUGUCACGCAGACCGUUCAUUACCUGCUGUUGAAGACCGGCAUGGUGAACUGGCUGACAGAACUGGAGAUUUUCGCCAUGAUCUUCGCAGCAGCCGUCCAUGAUUACGAGCACACGGGGACCACAAACAACUUCCACAUCCAGACCAGGUCGGACACCGCCAUCUUGUAUAACGACCGAGCGGUGCUGGAGAAUCACCAUGUGAGUGCUGCCUACCGCCUCCUGCAGGACGAUGACGAGAUGAACAUCCUGUACAACCUAUCCAAGGAUGACUGGAGAGAAUUGCGCACCCUGGUGGUAGAGAUGGUUCUGGCCACUGACAUGUCCUGUCACUUCCAGCAGAUCAAGGCCAUGAAAAACUCCCUACAGCAGCCUGAAGGGAUUGACAAACCCAAAGCCUUAUCUCUGUUACUACACACGGCUGACAUCAGCCACCCCGCCAAAAACUGGAACCUCCAUCACCGCUGGACCACCUCCCUGCUGGAGGAGUUCUUCAGACAGGGGGACAAAGAGGCAGAGCUGGGAUUGCCUUUCUCCCCUCUCUGUGACCGCAAGUCAACCAUGGUGGCCCAAUCACAGAUAGGGUUUAUCGAUUUCAUCGUGGAGCCGACGUUCACCGUUCUGACGGACAUGACGGAGAAGAUCGUGACACCCCUCAUCGAAGAGGCCUCCCGCUCAGAUCUGGCCGGCUUCCGACGCUCAAGUCUGAACAGUAUUACUCCCACGGAUGCCAAGCGCUCCAGUGUGAAAAGCACAGGCUCAGAGGGCAGCUCGUCACUCAGCUGCUCCCUCCACACGGUGGACUUUAAGAGCUUCAAGGCCUCCUGGUACGAGGAGGUGCAGCAAAACAGGGAAAAGUGGAAAGCUCAGGCAACCAAAGACCUGGAGGAGAAAGCCAGAAAAGAGGCAGAGGAGAAGGCGGAGAGGGAAGCAGCUGAGGGGGAAGACGUACAGACAGCUGAUGCAGAACCAGCAGAAUCAAAUGAAGCCGAAUCGGGCCAGACCCAGCAGAGCCAGGCUGAAUCAGGCCAGGCAGAACCAAGCCAGGCCGAAUCUACCCGAAAGGAUCUUGUGGAACAGCAGCCCAAAGAGGAGGAGGGGGACAAGGAUCCCGGAGGGAGAAAUGAGUCACCGUCCAAAUCUGUCCCACGUCACGCCGUCGCCAAGGCUACAGAGACCACUGGCAGCAACAGCCAGCAAGUGCAAAAUGGGGAGCUGUCGGAGGACAUGGACUCACCUGAGAGUGAUGACAGUGAGAAAAAGACUACAGAUGACUCUGAAGAGGAGAGGAAGAGUAAGCCGGGAAACUCCCCGCCUCCUUUAGCCGUGCUAGCCGCUGCCUCCACCUCCCUCCUCCGCUGAGGCCUCCCUGCCCUGGACUGGCUUCUGCCGCUGCCUGUGAUUUCAGAUCGCCAUUCAGGACAUUCUCCUCCUCGGAAACCUUCACAACACUUCCGUGCAUGUGUGUGUGUGGG